CCAUAUCUUUUUUCAGAAUUAUUUUUCUAAACACUAGUCAAUAGCCACCAUGAUGAAGGAUGUUGCAAGAAAGAAUUUUGUUCUUUUGAGAACAAUCUUUUUGCUAUGCUCCAUUUUAAUGGUGACAGAAGCAGGAAUUGGAAGAAGAGAGUUGGAAUUAAAACAAGCUUAUGCAAGUGGAACAAAGAAUUUUGAUAUGGAAAAUGAUACAAAGUUUCAAGUUGAUGAUUCAAUAGUGAUUGACUAUGCACCAAGUCAUCAAUCGCCAGAUAUUCACCAUGGUGGAUCACCACCAUUUAACCGAAGAGAGAUGGAAUUAAAACAAGUUUAUGCAAGUGGAACAAAGAAUUUUGAUACGGAAAAUGAUACAAAGUUUCAAGUUGAUGAUUCAAUAGUGAUUGACUAUUCACCAAGUCAUCAAUCGCCAGAUAUUCACCAUGGUGGAUCACCACCAUUUAACCGUCGUUAUCAUGUAUAAUUUAUUUACGACUUGUUUAUGGUCUAAAUAAUGUCUUAGGUUAACUCUGAGGUAAUACUACAAUGUUUUAAGAUUAGUAAGGUAAAGGUUGGGCUUUCUUACCAAUUGUAUUUGUCAUUUUGAGGACAUUGCUAAUAAAAGUCAAGCAAGUACGUACUGUG